AGAAAGAAACUUGCCCUGCCGCUCUGUAAACAGGAGAGGCAGGAUUGCCUGUCAAGAUUACACCAGCGACGGAGGAGGAGACUGAACACUUUCCAGGCUGAUUGGCUGUCCGUCAUGAAGAAGCGAGCCAGUAAGGCGUUGGAGUUGGAUGAGCCUCUGUGCUGCUGUGAGUAUGUGGACCGACAGGGGGAGCGGAGCCAUGUGGCAGCCUGCUGCUGUGACUGUGAGGACCUGGACGAUGCCUGUGACAGAUGGUUGAAAAAAGAGCCCCAGAAGGCCAACUCACUGUCCCAUCUGGUUACUGUGAUGACCGACCGCCUCCGUGUUCCAUGGUUCUGGGGCGGAGCCCGGCGUGUCGACCUAUCGGUGCUCCCCCCGCUGCUCCUACUUCCUGUCCUCCUACAUGUCGCAGCCCUUCACUUCCUGUUGGGUAUAGUUGUUCUGACUGCUCUACCGGUCCUGGUUCUAUGGUACUACUACGUCACCCACCGCAAGAAGGGCCGGACCCUGUUCUUCCUCAGCCUGGCCCUGUUCUCCCUGGGCUACAUGUACUACCUCUUCCUCACCGAGGUCUUCCCCAGGGGGGGUGUAGGGCUGACCCAGUUGGGCACAGUGACCCUGGGGGUGGCCCUGACUCUGGCCGCCCUUGUCCACACCAAGAGAGAACCUGGCUACGUAUGGCCACACCCGGCUGACGUCCACAGCACAGUGACCUAUCACAGCCCUCCACCGGACAGAGACCCCGGCCACAACGGGGUCGGGCAGGAAGUAGUGCUAGCCAAUCGGGGUAGUGGGUCGGAGCAGCAGGGCCAGGGGGUGGAGCAGAUGGAUAGUGGGCGGAGCAGGAACUGGUGCUCUGUGUGCAGAGUUUUGCGGCCCCCCAGGGCGGGACACUGCAGAAUCUGUGACAUCUGUGUCCGGCGGCUCGACCACCACUGUGUCUGGUGGGUCCCAUUAAAACACCUGUCUGCCUGGACACACAGGAGGCUCGUCUGUCAUUUAUUACACAGCCACGUCAAAGCAAUGUCUCCGCAGUGUCAUGACAGACCUAAGAAGCAAUGUCUUAGCAAUUAUCAGUGACAUUCUCUUGUCUCUGUCAUCAGCCAUAGGCCUGUGUGUCUGAGAAACAAACUGAUCUGUAACACACACAAUCGUGCAAAAAUGAUAACCUUCAAACCC